AUGUCCUCUCCAGAUGAUGCUUUCCAAGACCUCGCCCGCAUCUUCGCUACCAGGAACAAUCGCAUUCUUGAGAUAGAGAUCCUUCCUCCGGCUCUAGGCCCUCUCCUACAAGAUGAUUGCUCAAUAGGUAUCAGCAAGAAAUGCUUGGUGCAGGCUUUUGUGACGGCUCGACGUAUUUUCUUCCAGGACACCAUCUGCAAAUUGGACCGUGGCUCAUCCAUAGCAUUCAGAGAUGGAGAUGCGGAUGCGAUUGCGACAACAACCCCGGAGAGGAAGUCCGACGACCUCUCCAUCUGCUCCGAAAUUAUCCUUCUCUUCGAUUGCGAACAUCUGACCGCGUGCAACUGGCGAAAGAAGCGCCUAGCCAGUCUCGUGCAGCAGCAUGAGCUCGAUCCCGACAACAAUGCUGCUCGGGAGACGCUGCUUCAAGAACUCAAUGCGGAGAUGUCGCUGCUGACAUCUUUCCUCUGCUCGCCAUUGCACAGACACACCAAGUCGCCGACGCUCUGGCAGCAUCGGUUAUGGGUCCUGGACAGGAUGAUUCACUUACACAAUAAUGGCUGGCUUCCGCAAAGACCGGACUUGGCCAAGCCACGGCCUCUUCGGGAUACUACUCUACAGAGUCUCCUUGAAGAUGAACUUACUAUCGUGCUCCGCGCAGCGGAGUUGCACCCAAAGAAUUACUAUGCGUUUAGCCAUAUGAGACAACUGCACGGCAUGCUGUCGGGGUACAUGGAGAACUCUUCGAGUUCCCUCCGACUGCUGGCUGAACCAAUCGUCAAAACAAUGUUGGAUUGGUGUCAGGCACAUCCGACGGAUAUAUCUGGGUGGAUGUUUACUCUAUACGUCUUGCAAGCAAUCGAGGACCGUGGCGCCCAAGAAGGCGCGGUUAGCCGGGUAUUUCGCUUUGCCGUGGACAUUGGCUGGGAAGGAGAGUCUCUGUGGACGUUUGUGGAUCUGUCUGUGAAAUAUUUCGGCAUUACAGGACCGACUAGGGGGUAUCGGUCCUCUGGCCUAGGGUGCACUGCUACUGACCAAACGGAACGAGAGCAUGGCACGCCCGGACCGAAGCACCCCUGGAAGGAAUGGUUAACCGUCGCACAAGAUCACCGGGCCAGCCAGAGUAGCCAGAGUUGA